AUGGGUAUUCUCCAAGCCAUUGAUGCCAGGAUCUCUAUCUGGCUUCACAAGCUUUUAUCCAAAGCUGCUAGGACUACUCUGAUCAAGCACAUUGGUCAAGAUAUCCCCCUUUUUCAAAUGAGAGCUUUUCUUAUCCCUAAACACCUUUGUAAACAGAUGGACUCUCACCUCUGUAAAUUCUGGUGGGGUAAAACUUUAGAUCCCAAAGAUAGAAAGUUGCACCUUCUUGGCUGGGACAUUUUAUGUUCCCCUAAAGCUGAAGGGGGUUUGGGGUUCAGGAAGGCUGAGUUAAACAACCUAGCAAUGCUUGCUAGGAAUGCCUGGAGAAUCCUGGAAAAUCCAAACUGUCUUUUGGUCACUGUUCUUAAGGCCAAGUACUUUUCCAAAACUGAUUUUUUGAAUGCUAAGUGUACUGCUAAAUGUUCUUGGACUUGGAAGUGCUUGCAUGCUAUUAAGGAGCUCAUAAAACCUUUUAUUUCUUGGAUUAUUGGGGAUGGUCAAUUUAUUGAUCCUUGGUGUGAUAAAUGGAUUCCCUCUCAGGGUUCUGCCACACCCACCCCUCUGGUCCCUCCUGAUUAG